GGAGGCAAGCGAGCUGGAGCUUAAGAGGCCAGGCGCUGCCAAGCCAAUAAAACACAGCUAUUGUCUCUUCUUGGCCUCUUUUAAUGCCAGCUGCUGUGGGCAUAUAAAAGGGCCUUCAAUGACCCAGGGAACACACAGCCUCGGCUCCAUCCACUCUCAGCUUCUCUCCUCUUUGCACGUGUCCUCCACCAUGACCUGUGGCUUUCGAACUGGAAACUUCAGCUGCGCCUCAGCCUGCGGGCCCCGGCCUGGCAAAUGCUGCAUCUCCGCAGCUCCCUACCGCGGCAUCUCCUGCUACCGCGGACUCUCAGGGGGCUUCGGCAGCCACAGCGUCUGCGGGGCCUUCCGCUCUGGCUCCUGUGGACGCAGCUUCGGAUAUCGCUCUGGAGGUGUCUGCGGGCCCACACCCCCCUGCAUCACCACAGUCUCUGUCAAUGAGAGCCUGCUCACACCCCUCAACCUGGAGAUCGACCCCAAUGCUCAGUGUGUGAAGCAUGAGGAGAAGGAACAGAUCAAGUGUCUCAACAGCAAGUUUGCAGCCUUCAUCGACAAGGUGCGCUUCCUGGAGCAGCAGAACAAGCUGCUGGAGACCAAGUGGCAGUUCUAUCAGAAUCGCAAGUGCUGUGAGAGCAACGUGGAGCCGCUGUUCGAGGGCUACAUCGAAACCCUGAGGAGGGAGGCUGAGUGUGUGGAGGCUGACAGCGGGAGGCUGGCUGCUGAGCUCAACCAUGCCCAGGAGGCCAUGGAGGGCUACAAGAAGAGGUAUGAAGAAGAAGUUGCACUCAGAGCCACAGCAGAGAAUGAAUUUGUGGCUCUGAAGAAGGAUGUGGACUGUGCCUACCUGCGCAAGUCAGACCUCGAGGCCAAUGCGGAGGCGCUGACCCAGGAGAUCGACUUCCUGCGGCGGCUAUAUGAAGAGGAGACCCGAAUCCUCCACGCCCACAUCUCAGACACCUCUGUCAUCGUCAAGAUGGACAACAGCCGGGACCUGAACAUGGACUGCAUCGUGGCUGAGAUCAAGGCUCAGUAUGAUGACAUUGCCACCCGCAGCCGGGCAGAGGCUGAGUCCUGGUACCGCACCAAGUGUGAGGAGAUGAAGGCCACAGUGAUCCGGCAUGGGGAGACCCUGCGUCGCACCAGAGAGGAGAUGAAUGAGCUGAACCGCAUCAUCCAGAGGCUGACAGCCGAGAUUGAGAACGCCAAGUGCCAGAACAACAAGCUGGAGGCCGCAGUGACCCAGUCUGAGCAGCAGGGAGAGGCCGCCCUCACCGAUGCCCGCUGCAAGCUGGCUGAGCUGGAGGCUGCCCUGCAGAAGGCCAAGCAGGACAUGGCCUGCCUGCUCAAGGAGUACCAGGAGGUGAUGAACUCCAAGCUGGGGCUGGACAUCGAGAUCGCCACCUACAGGCGCCUGCUGGAGGGCGAGGAGCAGAGGCUGUGCGAAGGUGUUGGAGCUGUGAACGUCUGUGUCAGCAGCUCCCGUGGUGGAGUUGUGUGCGGGGACCUGUGUGUGUCUGGCUCACGGCCAGUGACAGGCAGCGUCUGCAGCGCCCCAUGCAGCGGGAAUGUGGCGGUGAGCACUGGCCUGUGUGCACCCUGUGGAAGCGGCUCCUGUUACCAGGGGAGGUGUUAGGAGUCAAGAGGGAGCAGGGAGUGGCCUGCCCCACAGGGCUGAACACAGUAGCCUCAAGGUCUGCUGCCCUUGUGUUCUGAGAAUACAGUCCCCACCCCCAGCUGCCCUUGUGUUCUGAGAAUACAGUCCCCACCCCCAGCAGCUGCCCCUCUGUCCAGCUACCUGCUGCUGGCUGUGAUAGAUCAGCCCCCUGCCUCAGCUGCGGCCCUGGAGGUGCCCAGUCCUGCUUCCUGUGCCUCUAGCCUCUAGGCCGUGUUGUGCAAUAAACUGUGCCUACUCUCA